CCUCGGGCCUGCGGCCCCCAAGCCGGCCCGACAGGCAGCUUUCCUUCCGUUCAGCAGCUACGCCGGGAGGUGCGGCUCUUUGGAAGACAGACAAAAACAUCUUUGGAAGUUACUCUGCUGGAAAAAUAUCCUUGCUCCAACUUUAUAAUUGCUAUAGGAAAUAACGCAGUAGCAUUUUUGUCAUCAUUUGUCAUGAAUUCCGGAGUCUGGGAAGAAGUCGGUUGUGCCCGGUUCUGGAAUGAGCGGUGCCGAACCUCAGACACGACGCAUCUGUCCCCCGCAGAGGCUUUUUGUGUGUUUUAUCAUCUGAAGUCAAAUCCCUCGGUUGUCCUUUGCCAGUGCAGCUGCUACGUUGCUGAGGAUCAGCAGCACCAGUGGCUGGAGAAGGUCUUUGGCUCUUGUCCAAGGAAGAAUAUGCAAGUAACUGUUCUCACAUGUCGACACGUUACCGACUAUAAAACUUCAGAAUCUACCAGCAGCCUUCACUCUCCUUUCCUGAAAGCUCUGAAAACACAGAAUUUCAAAGACCCUCCGUGCUGUUCUCUUCUGGAACAACCGAAUAUUGUCCACGACCUUCCUGCAGCAGUCCUGAGUCACUGUCAGGUGUGGAAGAUCCCUGCUGUGCUCUACCUGUGUUACACCGACGUCAUGAAACUGGACCUCAUCACGGUGGAAGCUUUCACGCCUGUUCUUUCUUCUAGAAGCUUGAAAGGUCUGGUUAAGGUAAGGUUAGCCCGGCCCCUAGUAGCUGGCUAUUACGGUGCGCGCACGUGUCUGCCGUCAGGUUCAAAGCCGCCCGUGUCCCGGUCUGCGACGGAGCUGGCUGUUGCCGGCCGGCUGGCGAGACUUCCGGCCUGGAGGGGCGUUUGUGCGCGUGCUGGCCGGUGGGGAGGCUGUUUCCUGUUCACGGAGUGUCUGAUCUGGGAGGUGGAGGCUUCUGAGGAUUUAAUUCAGUGAAUUGGGAGUCAGUGGACUUCAGAGGUUACAGGCUGGGGAAGGCAGAGUAUGGGUCAGAUGGUCCUCACGGUCGCCUGGUCCUUCCUGAGGAGGCUGCAGUUGACCUGCCCGUUCUCAGCUGGCCUGGCCGGGCCCUCCUGGGAAGGCGCACGCUGGCCCCC